AUGGAUCUAAGAUUUAUUACGUGGAAUGUCAAUGGCCUUAAUAACAAGGUGAAAAGAAAUAGAGUUGAACAUUUAAUAGAUAAGAGGAAACCUGAUGUAACUUGCCUACAAGAAACGCACAUUACAAAGAAGCACCGCAGACUACUAGUGAAGAAAAACCUGGGGGAGGAGUUUAUAUCUUCGGAUGUAGUCAAAAAAAGGGGGGUCGUACUAUAUGUGAACCCGAAAUUAAAACCGGAACAGGUAUAUAAAGAUAAUGAGGGAAGAAUUAUUAUGGUGAGAAUACAAGGGAAAGCAGAAAAGAUUAUAGUGGUGGGAUUAUAUGCACCUAAUGAAAAUAAAACAGAAUUUUACCAAAAGUUAGAAGAAAUAUUAUUGGACUUUGUAGACCAAAAAAUAAUCCUAUUGGGAGAUUUUAAUGGGGUGGUUUCCCCAGAGAUGGACAAAUGGAGUAAAGGUGCUGGGAAAAAAGAAGGGAAAUUACCCCAAACUUUUUUCAAUUUAAUUGAGAAACUGGAUUUACGAGAUAUGUGGAGAUAUAGGCACCCCCUCCAGAAACAAUUCACUUAUUAUUCCCAUCCCAAUGACACCGAAAGCAGAAUAGAUCUAAUUUGGAUCUCCAGGGAAUUAGUAAUGAGAUGUAAAAAAAUUGAAAUUUUGCCUAAAUGUCUUUCGGACCAUAAUCCAAUUCUGAUGGAACUAAAAGGAAGUGAACGGAUAGUUAGGCGGUGGAGAUUAAGUGAAUUAUUACUAGAAGAUGAAAACAUAAUAAAAAAGGCUGAAACGGUGUUAAAAGAUUACUUUGAGGAAAAUUUAAAUAAAGGGACACCAAUAAAUGUUGUGUGGGAUGCUGGAAAGGCGGUAAUCAGAGGCUUUUUCAUCAGCCAAAGCAGUUGGAAAAGGAAAGAAAAAGAGAAAAAACUGGAUACCCUGCUAAAAGAAAUAACAAAGAUGGAAUUAGAAUUAGGAAAGGCUAAGAAUCAAAGGAGGGACGAAAUAAAAAGAGCCAUAAAAUUGUUAAAAGAUCAAGUCUCUAAGUUAUUGGAUAUAGAAAUUGAGAAUAAAAUAAGAUAUUUAAAACAAAGGAAUUUUGAGCUCUCUAAUAAGGCAGGCCGAUAUUUAGCAUGGCAGCUGAAGAAAAAACAGAAAGAAAGAGUGAUUGAUAAAUUGAUACAGGAAGGGAAGGUGAUAACAGAGCCUAAGGAAAUUAGGGAUUCUUUCGUCCAAUUUUAUGCAAAUCUAUACAAGGAAGAAGGGGUAGAUCAAAAAGAGAUAGAGAGAUAUUUACAGGAAACGAAUUUUAAAAAAAUAGAUAAAGAGGGAGAUAAUCUGUUGAAUGAACCCUUCUCAGCUUUAGAAAUACAAAGGACAAUUCGGAGAGCAAAAAUUGGAAAAUCACCGGGCACAGAUGGGCUCCCUGCCCUUUUUUAUAAAAAAUUUGAAAAAAUUAUAUUAGACCCCAUGAAAACAUUGAUGAACAAAAUUAUUGAUCAAGGUGAAAUCCCCCAAACAUGGGAAGAGGCUUAUAUUGCGGUAAUACCGAAGCAAGGAACAGAUUACAGGGUAAUCCCUAAACACUAUCAGCACAUCAUUGCCUUUGUAUUUGCCAUUCAUGAAAUCAACAGAAAUGAUCACUUGCUCCCCAACAUUACUCUGGGCUCAAACAUACAGGAGAAUGCUUUCAAUCCAGAAAGAGUGGUUUGGAGUUUCUUUCAUCUACUCUUCACAGGAGAAGGGAAUCCCCUCAAUUAUAACUGUGCCAGGGAGAAGAAGCUCAUGGGCAUCAUUGGUGAUCUGACCUCACAGAACUCCAUCCAGUUGGCCAACAUCUUGAAUAUUUACAAGUUUCCACAGAUUCGCCCAUUUCUGAGAAAUGUCCGCUUUAAUAAUAGUGCUGGGGAAGAAAUAUUUUUUGAUGAGAAUGGGGAUGUAGCAGCUGGAUAUGAUAUUGUCAACUGGGUCAUGUUCCACAAUAAAUCCUUCCGCAGACUCCUAGUUGGAAGGAUGGACCCGAAGCAUCCUGGAGGAAAAAGGUUCAUAAUCAACGGAAGAAACAUCGUGUGGAAUCAGAAGUUUAAUCAGAAGACACCUCGUGCCAAAUGUGUUGAAAGCUGCCACCCUGGAUACAGCAGAAUGGUUCAGCAGGGGCAACAAGUGUGUUGCUAUGGUUGCGCUCAGUGUCCUGAAGGAAGGAUUUCUGUUCAUAUUGAUGCGGACCAAUGUGAGAAGUGCCCAGAAGAUCAAUAUCCAAAUGAGGAAAAGAAUCAAUGCAUUCCCAGAACGGUCACCUUCUUAUCCUAUGGAGAACCUUUGGGGGCAGUUUUGGCAUCCUUUGCCCUUUUCUUUUCCAUUAUCACGGUUGUGGUGAUGGGCACCUUCAUUCAGCACCACAACACACCCAUUGUCAAAGCCAACAACUGGAGCAUCACAUGUAUCCUGCUCUGCUCUGUGCUUCUUUCCUUUCUGUGCUCCUUCCUCUUCAUUGGCCAACCUCAGAAAGUGACCUGCCUUCUCCGGCAAACAGUUUUUGGAACCAUAUUUUCCAUUGCAGUUUCUUGUGUGUUGGGCAAGACCAUCACUGUCGUUCUAGCCUUCAUUGCUACUAAGCCUGGAAACAAGAUGAGGAAAUGGGUCGGGAAGAGACUGGCAAUGUCCGUCAUCAUUCUCUGCUCCCUUAUUCAAAUUGGUAUCUGUGUUGUAUGGCUGGUAACGUCUCCUCCGUUCCCUGAGUUAGACACACACUCCCAGAUGGGACAAAUAAUAGUUCAAUGCAACGAAGGCUCAGAUUUGAUGUUCUACAUUGUCCUGAGCUACCUGGGUCUUUUGGCCAUCAUCAGCUUCACUGUGGCUUACUUGGCCAGGAAGUUACCUGAUGCUUUCAAUGAAGCCAAGUUGAUUACCUUCAGCAUGUUGGUCUUCUGCAGUGUUUGGGUGUCUUUUGUUCCAUCCUACCUGAGCACCAAAGGGAAGUACAUGGUGGCUGUGGAGAUCUUCUCCAUUUUAGUCUCUAGUUCUGGUUUAUUAGGUUGUAUCUUCCUUCCCAAGUGCUAUAUUAUUUUAAUGAGACCUGAUCUAAACACCAGAGAACAGAUCACAAAGAGAAAAAAAGAUGAUGCUUAA